CACGCAGCUAUUAAACAACAGCCCCUUAUAUUCUUCUUCACUCGGAGCAUAAUUAUUAAGCAAAUGAGUCAUCCUUCUCGGCAAGAGACGGAGCUGAUGAACAUAGAGACGGCUCAUCACCGCGAAGAAGAUAAAAUCAGAGUUCUCUAUGAAGCAUCGUACAAAGGGUGUGUUCCAACCUUGAAUUCCCUGCUACAGGAAGACCCAGGAAUUCUGCAGAAAAUUAGCUCGCAGACUAUCUUCAUAGAAACUCCUUUGCACAUAUCAGCUUCCCAUGGCCACCUUGAAUUCACAAAAACCCUCCUUUCUCACAAACCAGAACUAGCCCUUGAGCGGAACUCUUCACGAAGCACACCUCUUCACUUAGCUUCUGCAGAAGGCCACAUCGAAGUUGUGAUGCAGUUGUUGAAAGCUUGUGAGGAGGCAUGCUUGGUUCUUGAUCAAGAAGGUAGAAUUCCCUUGCACUAUGCUAUCAUACGAGGGAGAAGGGACGUUGUGUUGGAGCUCAUCAAAAAAAAAAAAAAAAAACCAGAGUCUCUGAAGAUCCUUGAUGACAAGGGGAAAACUAUUUUCCACUUGUGUGUGACGUACAACCAGUUAGACAUACUGAAAGAUUUGAUUGAACUAAAUAUUGAUGACACCCACGAGCUCCUCAUUAAGAGUGACAAGGAUGGCAACAACACAAUUCUGCAUUUGGCUAUCUUGUUGAAGCAAGUUGAGACCGUUAGGUACCUCCUUUCAAUUCGCAAAAUAAGAUCAGAAGCAUUGAACUUGAAGAACGACAUGGGUUAUACUGCCGCUGAUAUUGUUGAGAGAAUUCCCAAGGAUUCUAAGAGCCUUGAGAUACAAGUCAUAUUGAUGGAGUGUGGCAUCAAAUUUGGAAGAAGAGAAAGGCUUGAUGUUGGCAGCGAAGAAGACAGACCUGGGAAGAAGAGGUGGUCGUGGAGAAAUGUUUUCAAUGUUUUCAAGAGCAUAGACCGAUGGCUUGAGUACAAUGGUGAUUGGCUAGAAGACAUGAGGGGGAAUCUAAGUCUCGUGGCUACUGUCAUCUCAACCAUAACCUUUCAAGCGGCACUUAACCCUCCUGGAAGCGUAAUUCAACAAGGUAUAAGGCCUGGCAAUCCCGAUUUUAACCUCACUUCCAGUUUCAACACUUCUCUUGACGAAGGACCCCUCGGCUGCUUGCCGUACAAAGAUGAGUUUGGGCGUAACCGCAGUUACGGACCAUGUCCUGGGGUAGCGACGCAUGCUUAUCGGUAUCCUGACGAGUUUCGCCAGUUCAUAGUUAACAACACCAUCUCCUUUGUGGCAUCUCUUUGUGUUGCUCUCUUGCUUGUUGGUGGAGUUCCUCUCAAACGCAGAUUUGUGAUGGGGAUGCUAUCUAUAGGCAUGUGUAUAGCACUCACAUGCUUGCUAAAUGCCUAUUUUGCCGGCCUCAACCUUAUCAUCCCAUGUAAUCUGCAUACUGGGAAUGCGGUGAUCGUAGCCGCUUGGAUUUUUAGUGGAUUGUAUGUGCUGGUUGGCAUAUAUAGGGCAGUGAUAUUUGUUAAAUGGGUAGUGGGGACAUUGAAGGAAAAGAUAAUUAAUCGUCGAAAGUCCAAGUGACGAAGGAACAGGGUCAGAAACAGCUGUUGCUUGAUAUGAUAUUAAUGCGCGUUUGGGUUGCACAA